AUGAAGGUCAAGUUGACCCAACUGAGAUGGCAAGGUGAUGACAUCGGCCAGCAGCAGCUUACGUUGGUCACCUGUGGUACUGGCUUGUCAAUCAAUACCCUUUUCUGGGUUCAGAGUUCUGGCUCAGAGCUGAAGGAUAGCUCGACCCACUUUGAGUACGUGGAGUUCCCCGGGUUUACCGAUCUCGAAUCGAUCAAGGCGUACGUUUCUCGAGUGCGGAGCUGCCUGCUGGAUGACGAAUCAAGGCGGGUCUUUGACGAGCAUCUUCCGCAGGAGGCACUCGACAUGCUGUUCGAUAAGUUUGUGGGCCGCUUUAGACCUGCAAUCGUUGCCGUCGAGAAAGUCGUGGAGCACAGCGAGCAUGGCUCAUGGAAGGCACUCAUCCAGGACACGGAAGACAAGCUCGUUGCAUGGGAGCACAGGACCAUCAAAGGCAAUCUCUGCCGCGAGCUCAACCGUCUUGACCAAAAGCACAAAGACACGCGCCAUGACAAGUCUGAGAAGACUGUCCUCGACAUUCUCGGCUUCUACUUUUAUAACCGCUGCUUUCGGGGCGAACACACGCUCGAGGUCGACAGCGUCAAUGCAUCCUUGGUAGAACGCGCCUUUGGUCGGAUCAAGAUCGUCAACCAUAACGCUGUCACCGUCGUCGACGAGCCCUUCGUUUUCAAGGCAGUGGAGAACUACUUCACUGCGACGGACCCAGGUUUUCAAACGGCUCUCAGAGAGUUGAUGGAUCGGACAGAUGCAGCCGCUCAGGGAAACCUCUUCGAGCGGUACAUGAUGACCGUUUUCAGCAGGACAUUCAAGUCGCGACGUCUCUCUGAUUGGCCGCAUCAGCCCCCGAUCUUGGAGAUGUGCCCUGAUCUUGUCGGUGAGGUGGAGAUUGUUGGCUGGAGAGAACCUGCACUCCUGCAAGGAACGACCCAUGCGAUGAUGUCGAUGGAGGAAUUUAUGGACGCACAUGUCAACCACCAUUCAACUCGCAACAACACGCCUGUCGCUCCUUUCUUCUUCCCCAACAACAUGCCGUCUGGACCAGACAUGGUGUUCUUCAUCCGAAUCGACGGUCGCAGGACGGUACCUGUUUUCGUCCAAAUGAAGCUGCAUCAGAGUUCAGCCAAACUCUACAAUAAGCUCUGGCAAAAGGCACUGGCCACGGUUUCGGCGUCUCGCAUUCAAGACCAUGCCAAGGAUUUCCAGAAGUUCUGCCCUGACAACAUCUACAUCAGCAUGGUCGUUGCUUACCCCAUGGUAUGUGGUGCCAGGUUGCCAGCAGCCGUCGAAGUUCCCGAGAAGGAUGCGCGUGGCGUGCAGCAGGUCGUGAUACGUGUCAGCGACACCAACUUUAGCCACAUCUUCCCCAAGGAGCAUGUAGAGUUCAUUGACAGGCUCAAGAAUGCGCGAAAGCGCUCUGCUGACGACGAUGACAGCAGCGAUGAGGACUUCAAAAAGCAGAGGAGCUAA